AUGGUUAUGGAGCGGCUGGCGGACUUCGUCAGCAAGUCUUUGGAAGGCGGUGAAGCGCCAGCUCCACCACAGGAAGUGGAUUCUGAAGACCCCGAUGAGGAAGUGGAUAUCACAGCGUUGGAGGACAAAUCGCCGCCACCGAAAAGACAUCGCAAUUGGCUUGUCUCACCUCUACCUGUCCAACAUUAUAAACGAGAAGACGAUGAUGAUGAUCACAAACAUGAUAUUACGGAAAAAUCAAAUUGUGGCGUUGGCAACGGCGGCGGCAAGCAGCGUCGUUCGCGGACAAACUUCACGCUGGAGCAGCUGGGAGAGCUGGAGAGACUGUUCGAUGAGACGCAUUAUCCAGAUGCAUUUAUGAGAGAGGAGCUUAGUCAGAGGCUUGGGCUUAGCGAGGCUCGGGUUCAGGUGUGGUUUCAAAACCGACGAGCGAAAUGCCGCAAGCAUGAAAGUCAAAUGCAUAAAGGGUUACUAGUGAGCGGUGGCGGGACACCGCUGGAGCCUUGUCGAGUAGCGCCAUACGUGUCAGUGCCAAGGCUUGGCACGGCAGCGAGCGGGCAGCGGCCGCCGCCGCCCAUGCCACCACUCGCACCGCACCCAACUCCCACAGCGUUCGCACCGUUUGACUCCGCGCUACUGUCUGCUGCGGCGCACCAGUACGCGAGUGCAGCGGCGGCAGCGGCAGCAGCACUGUGCCCUCCCUACGCGGGUCUCGCAGCUUUAGCAGCGCGAUGCAGAUCCUCAUCCAUAGCUGACCUCAGGCUGAAAGCCAGGAGACACGCAGCCGCGCUGGCUGCAGCACGCUGUCCAUCGCCCACACCGACUACACCUACCAAUUACGCGAGUGCAGCGGCGGCAGCGGCAGCAGCACUGUGCCCUCCCUACGCGGGUCUCGCAGCUUUAGCCGCACGAUGCAGAUCCUCAUCCAUAGCUGAUCUCAGGCUGAAAGCCAGGAGGCACGCAGCCGCGCUGGCUGCAGCACGCUGUCCAUCGCCCACACCGACUACACCUACCAAUGUGCCCGCUGAUACAUAG